AUGAAUAGUGACAAAAAAAAAAAUAAUAAUAACAAUUGGUUUAAUAAUUGUACAAAUGAAAAAGAAAAAAAAAAAAAAGAUAAAAAAAGAAACACAAGUAUACAAAUUUUUUAUAAAAAUGAUAUAGAUAUAUUUUCUCCUUGUAUAGAUGUAGAAGGAAAAUUAUGUGUUAUAACAAGUACAGGGGAUAUACUAAGAUAUAAUAUUUUAAUCGAUGAUAUAAAACAAAAUACAAAUAAAUCAACAUCAGCAACAUCACGUUCAUUAACAUCAUCCUCAUCCUCCUUGUCAUCAUCAUCAAUAUCUUCUUCAUCCUCUUAUAGAAAAGAAGGACUAAGAGAACAACAUGAACUUUCAUAUGAAAUGCAAAAGGAUAAUGAUGAGGAAGGAGAAAAAUAUUACGAUUCCAUUGAUGAUGUAGAAAAUAUAAUAAAUAGAGGAGAUAAAACAAAAACACUAAAAAAGGAAAAGAAAAAAAAAAAUAUUCAAGAAGAAAAAUAUGUUAGUAUUGAUUUUUCCUCAGAAUGUUUAUGUUCAGAUAAUGAUUAUAAUUUCUAUGUAUUUAAUCCUAUUACUAAAUGCAUAAUGAUCAUAGAUAAACAGAAAAAGGUCGAGUUAUACACAGAAGAAUAUGAAGACAAGGAAUUCAAAGGGAUAAAUAAUUUAUUAUAUGAUAGUAAAAAUAAUAAUUUAUUUAUUGUUGAUUCAGGUAAUAUAUAUGAAGAGAAUACAUGUAGUAUGUAUUACAUAAAUAAAGAUAUAGAAACUAUGAUUUCUAUAGAUAUGGAUUCCUUAUCAUAUGUUAAUAAUAUUUGUAUAUAUGAAAAAGAUAAUAUAAGAACUAUAUAUGCAUGUGUAACAAAAGAAAAUAGAAUUAUCAAAUUAAUUAAGAAAGGAAAUACGUACAUAAAAACUGGAUUCUUGUAUUUAAACGGAAAUUAUUCUCCUUUAUUCAUUUGCACUAAUAAUAUAAAUUUCGUAAUAUUACUAAAAGAUUUAAGUGAAGAGGAAAAAAAAGGAAAGGUUCUGGAAAUAAAUUCUAAUGCUGAAAUUAUUAAUUCGUUUUUUAUGGAUGGCAAUCAAUUUAAUGGUAUAUGUUAUGAUCACAACAUAAAAAAAUAUUUUUUUAUCGAAAAAAAUAUAAUUUAUAUAUAUUGA